GAAAAAGAAAUUCUUGUAUAUAUACCAAAAAAGAGAACAGGGAGGGAUUGUUUUUCGGCGAUUGUCCAUAGUUUGCCUUUGAUUCGGUGAAGUACCUUCCUUUCUAUUGUUUCUUUCAUCGGGGUUGGGGCUUCUCUCGAUUCAUUCAUUCUUUACAAUAAAAUGGAAAGUAUCCGCUGAAAUAAUGGAACAAAAGGGCUCUUCUGUGAUGCUCGAUCCACUCAACUGAAAGAGAUUGGAAGUGACUAACAGUUCUAGUUCGGUAUAGAGAAGAGAAAAGAAAAGGGUGAGGAGGAAGAGAAGAAAGAGAUGUCGCUGAGAAUAAAGGCGGUGGUGGAUAAGUUCGUGGAAGAGCUGAAAGAGGCGUUGGAUGCCGACAUACAAGACAGAAUAAUGAAGGAGAGAGAGAUGCAAAGUUACAUCGAGGAACGCGAGCGCGAAGUCGCUGAGCGUGAAGCCGCCUGGAAGGCCGAGCUCUCUCGCCGCGAGGCAGAAAUUGCCCGACAAGAGGCUAGGCUGAAGAUGGAAAAAGAAAACCUUGAAAAAGAGAAAAGUGUCCUAAUGGGAACAGCAUCGAAUCAAGAUAACCAAGAUGGAGCUCUUGAAAUCACUGUAAGUGGUGAAAAAUAUAGAUGCCUCAGGUUCGCAAAGGCAAAGAAAUGAGGCUUUAUAAAGAAGAUGAGGAAAAAAAAAUACAAGGAUAAUGCGCUUGAUGUCUUUGCUAAAAUUUGCUGGAGCCAGUUCGCUAUUUUAUAAUUUUAUUCAUCCUAGAUGCAUUGAUUAUAUACAUGUAAUGUAGGUUUGCUUUCGGUAAAAUCUAUUCAUCUAUCAAGUAUACAAUUCCAUUUCAAUGAAGAAAAAAAAAAUUGUGCUGGUGAUUAACCAAAAUAAAACAAGUUGCCAGUCCUUUUCGCAUUUCUUCUUUGAUGAUACUUAUAAUUAGCAUGGUUGAGUAUUUAUAUUGGUGCUUGUUUUCAAACCCAAUCGGUCAAAUUCCUUCCUU